AUGGGCGGGUGUUCCUCCAAGGACCCCAAGGACUACGUCGCGCAUGACAACCACCAGCCCGGGCCCGUGCCCAACGGCCGCAGCAGCACACAGCACGGCGAUGGCGGCAGCUCAAGGCGCGUCGGACGAUCAGCAGCUGAAUCAGCGCCGGAGAGGUCGAACCGGCGGCCCAACAACAACACGGUGGACUUCCAGGAGUUUAAGGACAAGGAGAAGAAUGUAGUGGAGACCAUGCUCGAGAGCAACAAGGGCCUGCGUAUGGCUGAGAUCAAUUUCAACGACCUCAAGCUGCAGAAGAUCAUCGGCGCCGGUGCCUUCGGGGAGGUUAUCAAGGGAACGUACUGCGGCACACCCGUCGUGGUCAAGCGUAUGCUGCGUAACAAAAUCACGGAGGACAAUCUGCGCAUGUUCGGUGACGAAAUCCAGCUCAUGAUGAAUCUACGCCAUCCCAAUAUCGUACAGUUCAUUGGCGCCAGUUGGAACUCGUACUCGAAUAUCUGCUUCGUGACGGAGUUCUUGGAACGAGGAGACCUGUUUGCGGUGCUGCGCAACCCGGAGAACAAGAUGACUUGGGCUAAGCCCAUUCUGCGCAUGACCAUUGACACUUCGCGCGGCAUGGCGUACCUGCACAGUAUGAAACCUCCCAUCAUCCAUCGCGACCUUAAGAGCAUGAACAUUCUCGUUAGCUCGACGUGGGGCGCGAAGGUGAGCGACUUCGGCCUAAGCCGUGAAAAGUCCGUGGAUGAGACUAUGAGCGUGACCGGCACGCCGUUGUGGCUGCCGCCCGAGAUGAUCCGCGGAGAGCGUUACACUGAGAAGGCGGACGUGUACAGCUUCGGCAUUGUGCUGGCCGAGCUGGACACUCGCAAGAUUCCGUACCACGACAUUAAGGCCAAGGGAGCCCGCAACAAGAAGGUGUCGGGUAGCACGCUGAUGCACAUGGUGGCAUACGAGAACCUGCGUCCAUCGUUGAGCAAGAACUGCAUGGACAGCGUACGCGACUUGUACAAGCGCUGCACGGCUGACGACCAGUCGGUACGCCCCACUUUCGAAGAGAUCGUGCAGUACCUGGAGAACGACGUGCGCAAAGAGACGCUCGUACGCGCGAACGAAGAGAUGAACGUAAUCGAGGAAGACCAGAACGGAUCGGACGUAUCUCCCGAGGAGCUUGGCGUCCACCAUGCCACACGUUACGUGGAUUAA